GACAGGCACACUUCAAUACAACCAACCAUAGAAAGUACUUUUUGCAACCAACUAAGUUCUUUGUUUUGACUUGUUAGUUAACCAGAUUAUUUUUUAAUAACUAAGACUUGUAAUAGUGGAUUUUGGGUGAAUGUGGAUAGUAAAUUAAUGCUUUGUUUGUUCCAACUAAGAAAGUAUCGCAACUUGAUUAUGAAAAUCUUCUCUAUCCCCAUAUAAGAUGAAAAUCCAUAUUUUUGCUAUAUUCCUGUUAAAUGUCUGCAUCUCCAUCAUACACGCUGGUGAUGCAGGGGUAGAAGGUUAUAAGAUUUUAACAACCACUAAUUUAUUUAUAAACGAUCAACCUGUGGAAUGUUUGAAGCUUUUGGAUAGUUUUGCAGAAUAUGCAUCAAACUUUACAAUGUGUUCAAUAAAGUAUGCUCGACCAGUGCGACUAUGUGAAAAGUGUAUUGAUGAAUAUGUAAUGUUCACUAGCAAGUAUAAAGAAUUACUAGCAACUGUUGUAAAUGGCACGUCAUGCAGAGAAAUUUAUUUUUCUCUUGAUAGACUGGAUGUUAUUUUAGAAUACCAUGACAAUAUCUUAUCUAUAUGGAAUAAAGGAAAUUGUAAUGAAUGUUAUGACUGGACAGAAUCAACACCAGUUUUAUCCAAUAAUACAAUCCUUUUCAAGAAAAUUUUCAAUGAGACAGUUACCUGUAUUAAAACUACAAUUAAUCCAGCUGGGAAUAAUAGUGAUGAAGUUUGUUCGAGAUGUAUGGAGUUCUACAUUAAUCUUGAUAAAUUGUAUAAAUCACUGAGCAAAGAUUCAAUAGGAUUAGACAGUGUGUGUUUUGACAUAUUGGAUUCGAUGAAUACUACAAGAGCUGUGUGGAGUAAAGACCUCAAUUGUUGUAAACGCCUCAAGUCACCAGAAACUAUUUUCUUCUGGUGCACUGGAAUUAUUGCUUUCCUGCCAAUAAUGUUCUAUGCUAUGGUUAGAUACUUGUCACCACUAAGGGACCUGCCUCGAGCAUUGAAAGAGUCAAGAUUCAAACAAUCAUUUUUAAGAUCUAGCAGAGAAGGAAUUAACUAGCUAAAGAACUUAUAAUCAAAAUAUUUUAUAUGCAUAUACAGAAUAACCAAAGAUGUCAAUAUAAAAUUGUUAAACAUA